GUGAUAAGUGGGUAGAGUGCAGUCUGUACAACACUUUUCAACUGCCAUCACGAACAGAGCGAGACAGGUUACAUACCUUCAGAAGCACAGCAUUGCUUGCAUAGAUAUUGUUGGACAAUACUAAUUUGCAGUUGAAUAUUAUGGUGUAUACAUAGCCUACCUGGGCUUCGUAAGCGUACCUUCUUCAGUACCCCGGCUUCAAUGCCGACGACAAAUCGCGCCCGAAAUCGAACAGUUGCGGAUCAGGAAGCGGAAGAGGAAGGAUGGGAUGCAAACGAUUGGGACUGGCACCCAGUCGCCAUGCAUGCGCGCAAGAAAGCGCGCACAGCAACAGAACCUGCGAGCGCUGCAGUUGCAUUGCCGUCAGCUGCGGUUCAACUAGCCGAUGGCGUCGAGGCCCCUAUCGGGACAGUAGUUAGGGCCGAGCCGUCGCUGGCCAACCCAAAGUUUGCCAACCUGCCCGUAUACAACUCCAUAAAGAAAACCGAUGUGAAGCUGGAGAACAUAUGCGUGGUAGAGGGUUGCGGCCGCAGCCUUGCCGGGCUCAAACGCUACUUCACCAGGCUUCAGAUCUGCGAAGCGCAUCUCGCGUGCUUAGCUAUCCUGGUUGACGGUACCAUCAGCCGCUUCUGCCAGCAAUGCGGCCGCUUUCAGCCUCUAAGCGACUUCACAGGCAAAAAGAAAAGCUGCACCGCUCGCCUGGAGCAAGUCAACGCGCGGCACCGGGAGCGAGUCCAGCUCAAGCAGCAGGCGGUUCAGCGGCGGGAGCAGCGGCGGGAGCAGCAGCAACAGCAGCAGCUGGCAGGGCAGCAUCAUCACCAGCAGACGCAGCCGCCGUGGCAGCAACAGGACGCGCCGCAGCCCGCUUGGGAGCCGCCGGAGGGCUGCUGCCAACCGGCGGGGGCGGCACCGCUGCCUGCCGCGGCGUCGGAAAGCCUUCCAACGUCAGCGGUCCCAGUCCCGGUCCGGUACCAAUCACCUCCGGAGCCGUGUGCUGUUACCGCCGGUGUGGGCGCUUCCUCCGAUGCGUCGUACGGCGGUAUGGCCGGCGGUGGCGGCAGUUCCUUCCCGUCCGGCGACGCCGCCGCUGCCGCCAGCGGCGGACCGCCGUGCUCGUCACAUAGCCUGCCUGGGGCCUCUAGCAUCAGCCUUGGCAGGCUCGUAGCGAGCGCCUCGGAGCCCAGCUUUCCGGAUGCCUGUGCUGCGGCGCCGCCACCGUCAGGUGUGCAGCUGCCGUCGCUGCCGCCGGGCCUUGAAGGCGCCAGCAGCAGCAAAGUACCUGGCGGAGGCGCCAGCGCCGCACCCGGCGACCCUGAUGCUGGCGGCGGCGGUACGACGGCGGGGCUGUUGCCGUUCAAGCGGGUGGUGUCCACUGGCGGCGCAAGCGUGGUGUGGUACAGCACCAGGAGAAUGUCUCCGCCGCCGCCGGCUGCUGCUGCUGCUGCUGCUGCUGCUGCUGCGGUAACAACGGCACCCACGCUGCAUAGCGCCGACGGCAUGUGUCGUACACGGUCCCUUUCCGUAGCGUCGAACGGGGGCUUGCCUGACGCGAAGACCGCCUCCGCCGGCGCCUCCCAUGCACCGCAUCGUCCUCGUGCCGUACGUGUAGCUUUUUGGAACGAAGUAACAACCGCGAUUAACCUGGAUCCUACGGCGCCGGUGCACCAUGUGCCGGAGCCGCCGCCUUCGUUGCCUAAGGACAUCACGCGCGCGCUGGAAGCCGCUGGCUCGAUGCUCCUGCAGCCGGUGAUGCUGCCGCCGCAGGCGCUGGCACCUCCGCCAGCAGCAGCGGCGGCGGCGGCGAAGGUGACGGCGGCGAAGGUGACGGCGGCGAAGGUGACGCCACUGCCAGCCGGUAGUCCGCGGACGUCGGCUGCAUCGGCAUCACCGUUAGCGGCGGCCGCCGCCGCAGCUGCUGCCGACAAUGCCGGUCAAUGCCCAGCACCCGCAGCAAGUCCUGUUGCUGCUGCUGCUGCGGCGGCGGGGGCGGAUUCUACGUCCCAGAACGUCGCCCGCUCAAUGGAGACAGCCACUGCAGCUCCGAAUGGGGUUGUAGGGCUCAGGCGCAUCAGCGGCGGUUGGGGCAGCGGCGGCGAGAGCACUAGCUGGGUCAGCGCAGGCGAGGUUACCGCCGCCGCCAAGCCCUCAGCCUCCGCCGGAACCGGCGGCCGUACUGCUGCCGAGGCGGCGGCGGCAGCGACGGCAGCAGGAACGAAAACAUCCCACCGCCUUCAACCGGAAGAUGGCAAGCCGACGGCGGCAGCCGCGCUGUUAUCAGCAUCGCCGUACACGAUGGGUCGUACUGCCAGUGACAACUUCGGCAACCUGCCCCACUCGCCCCUGAGCCACUCCUACGAGGGCGCCUCGGCGGUUCGCAGCAACGCCGGUGCUGGUGGCGGCGCUGAAUGCGGCGGCGGUGACGCUGCGCAAGCCUCAAGUCGGGCCGCCCCCAGCGACGCCACCCACGUUGCAGCCCGCAUCACGAGCAUCAUGGCGGAGCUAGAGCCGUUGCUAGCGCAGGUGAAGCACCUGGCGCAUGUGCCGGGAGAUGCCGACAACGGCACCUCCGCCGCCACUGCCGCCGUUGUCGGCAAGCCUGGCCCAGCGUCUGAGGUGGCGGCCCCUGUGGCUGGCGGCGGCGGCGGCGGAGGAUGUGCGUCAUCGUCGGCGGGCGGUGCCGAGAGUCGUCCCUCGGCGGCGGCGGCCGUGGUGUCGCUGCCGCAUGUAUUCGGCGCUGCACAGGAGGUGAUGCAACGGGCUUCGGAGCUGGCUUCGGCACUGCAACAGCAACAACAACAGCAGCAGCAACAACAGCAGCUGCAGCCGGCCAUGCUGCAGGUACUGCAACCGGAGCAGCAGCAGGUGCAGCAGCCCAUGCAAGCGGGUCCCCUGGCACCUUGCGGCCUGGGGCAAACGCCGGGGCAGCUGCAGCCAGGGCCGAUGCCACCGUCGCAGUCACGCACACGUGCGCAUGCCCCCAUGCAGAUGCAGCAGCCGCAGCAACAGCACCUGGAAAGCGGCUGGAUGGCAGCCCCAAUCGCUCCCCACACGGUGUCUUCAGCGACCUCCGUGCAACCGCAUGCAUCUGCCGCUCCCCAAGCUACCGUUGUGUCUUCAGGUACCCCCAUGACACAGCAACAGACCUCCUUGGCAUGGCCACCACUACCGAUACCUCACCCAUUGCCGCCACCUCAGCAGCAACAGCCGCAACAACAACAGCAGCAGCAGCAGCAAGCACUUGGAUCUGUCAUGCCGUACAACGGUCUUCCGUAUCACCCACCGGCACCGUACGGAGGUAUUCAUGCCGUACGACCGGUUUAUGUACGGUACGUACAGCCGUACCUGCCCCGCCAUCCACAUGCUACAAGUACGGCUGCUGUAGCAGCCAUUCCGCAACAAUUUGACCCUCAGCAGCGCGUGCCAUAUCACGCCGUACACCAUCCUGGCAUGGUACGGUACAUGCCGUACCAUCCCAGAGAUCCCCUCCUCGCUUCCGGCGCCGCCAGCGUUCAGGUUUACCCCAGACAUGCCCUCCCGCAAGACCUGCCUCUCGAUCUGCAAGCCAUGCACGCGCAUGGCGGCGCGAAUGCCAUUCCUCUCGAGUUUACUAGCAGGCCUGAUUUGGGCCACCCAACCGAAGCCCGGGAGGCCGCGGCCCUUCCUGGCUGGCCCCCAGUUAGCCAUGGACCCAUGGGUCAUACCACCUCGUCGACCCAUAGGUCAAUGGGGCAGGAGCCGCGGAAUGCGAAUGGGCUGUGCGAUGGGGCUUACAGCAAUGGUGGCACGGAUGACGAUGAGGAGAUUUUUAGUCAGAUGUUGCGCCAGAUUAUUGAGGAGGACGAGCCCGCAUCCAACAUGAAUCAAAACACGGAUCAGUCGUCGUACAACGACAACGGCAACAACCUCCAACAGCAGUACUUUCCCCACCAUCAGCAAGUGCAACAGCCGCAGCAACAGCAGUCUCAACUGCAGCAGCAGCAACAACAACAACAUCAGAUCUGGUUGCAGCAGCAGCAACAUGAUUACCAAACCGGCUUUUAUGACGACGACAUUCGUCUGCAGCACGUUCAGCAUCUCAUGCAACAAGAGCACGAGCGUAGCGCGACUAUAGCGUCUGCCGUACAACAGGGAGUUUCCAUACACCGACAGUUCCUGACCAGGAUGCCGUACGCGGGCUGCGGCGACGCAGAAACAGCGGCGGCAGCGGCUGCCGCCGCCGCGGGCGGCGUUGGCCCCGCUUGGUGCGCUGGCGGCGGCUUCCCUGGUGCUGCUGCUGCUGCCUCCGCCGGCAGCGGCGGUUCCGCGGCGGCGGCGGCUGUGCCUGCCGUGGGUAUGGAGUUGGAGCGAGUGAGCAUUAAAGCAAUGAACAUGCAGCCGCAGGAGCUGCCCAGCAGCCUGCGCAGCGGGCUGGGCAAGUGGCUGCGGGCGGCGGGAGGGGAGCCGCUGCAGGCGACGUUGCGGCCAGGCUGCUUGCAGCUGGUUAUCGACGUUCAACGCCCCGCCUCCUCCUCCUCCUCCUCCUCCUCCUCUUCAACCACCGCCAGCGAGUUCGCCUCGCAGCUGCUCCCGACACCUGAUGCGGACCAGGCUGCUGCUGACGUGUUCCGGUUCAUGGGGCAGCGCCUGCGGGACACCUACGUGCAGGUGGGCGACCGAGUGCUUCAGAUCCGAGUGGGCGAAGACCCGCGGGUCUGCAGCUGGGAGCAGGCGGCGGAGGACGGCGGCUUGUACGGCGCCAAGAUGCCUCAUCUCACUGGCAGCAGCCGGGCAGCGGUGUGCGUCGCUGUUGCUGGUUCUGGUGCUUCUGCUGAGGGCGACGUAGAAGGAAGGGGCUCCACAAGCGCUGUGUUGGAGUUGUAUGGCAGCAACUUGAACGACCCCCGUACCAAGGUCUUUGCGCGGCUGCGCGGGCGAGAUCUGCCGGUCAGCCCGGAUUCUGUCACUGAGGCUGUCGGGGCCGCUCAGCUGGAAAGUGAUGAGGCCGUUUCUGUUGAGGCAGCAGCAGCAGCAGCAGCAUCUGGAGCCAGCAGAGUCCUUGGAAACAAGCCCAGCAGCGACAGCAGCGGCAGCAGCAGCUUUAAAGCCAAUCGUCUGAGUGUGCGUGUUUCAAUUCCCGCGGGCUGUUGUUCCGGUCUGGUGGUGUUGGAGGUGGGGGUAGGGCACCUGCUGGGGGGCUGGUGGCCGCUGUUGGUGCUGCCGCGGGGGCAGCAGGCGGCGGCGGAGGAGCUUGGGAGGCUGGCGGCGGCAGCGGCGGUGGCGGUGGCGGAUGGGGGCCAUGAGGGUGUGCGGGUGCCCGGCGUAAUGGAAAGGAGGUUCUUCGUCGACCUAGGUCAUGUACUGGACGCAUACGCGGCCGCCACCGCUGCGGCCGCUGCGGCCGCUGCGGCUGCCACGGCAGCGGAAACCGCCGCCACAGCUGCAUCCUCCGCCCUCCCUACCAGCCCCUUCUCACCUCCCUCUCCUCCCUCAAGUCCGCCGGAGGAGGAACGCUGUUCCUCCCCGGAAGCCGAGAGCACCUCCUCGCCACCCACCUCGCCGCCACCCUACCCGCCCCCAAUCACGUCGGCAGCUGUCAGCAACAACGGACGCGCUAGAGCUGCUGCCGCAAUCAGUGCUGUUAGCGUGGGCUUGGCCAGCAGUACCACCAGCGGCACCAGUCAGGCGGGGGCGUGGAACUUCUCGGAUGUCGGGGGGUCGCUGGCGGUUUCCUCCGCUGUGCUGUCCUCGAGACUGUCUUCAACGCGACUGUCGGCGGCAGUAAGCGGCGCAGCUGGUAGGCAUCUGCUGCUGCUGAUGAUGAGCUUGCGAAUGCCGUCCUACCUUGGUGGUGGCAACACUGCAAGCCCGCCCGCCAUCCACAGGAGCCUCAUGCGGCUCUCCGCCACUGCAUCGCAGCACGAGGCAGCAACAACGGCUGCUGCUGCUGCUGGCGAUGCCCGUGGUAGGGCAGCGGGUCUUGGAUCUGCAACUGCAGCGUCAGCAGCAGCACCCGCAGGAUUGGGAGGAGGAAAGCCCGACAGUGCCGGCAGUGACGCAGUGCUAUCCCCACCCGCAGCAGCAGCUGGGUCAGCCGGCGCCGCAGCUCGAGGGGGCCAUGUAGCUCGGGCUCGCGGCGCGUCUUCUGCUUCAGCGUCUUCCAGCCAGCACCACAACAAGCUCCACCAGCAGCAGGUGUUGUUGUUGCUGCCCGCACUGGCAGCGGCGCAUCAGGCGCUGUUCCGAGUGGCCCCUCUGCUGCGUGUGUCAGUAUCCAGGGGCCUGCCACACCUCACCUCCCUGCUCCUCGCUGCGGCCACCCGCCUGGCGUCCCUCGUCGCCGCCGCCACCGCACCCACACCCGAGCAGCCCUCGAGCACCACCCACACCACCAUGACUACACCGCCAGCAGCACCCAACACCACCGCCGCUACCCCCGCAGCUACUCCUGCUGCUACAUCCGCUGCUACCACAACAGGAGCAGCACCAAUGGACGCAGCAGCCGCCGACGACCGCAUGCCACGACAGCAGGAGCAGCAGCAACAGCAACAGCGCCAAGACAAGGAGCAGCAGCAGCAGCAGCGCUGUGUUGCCGUACUGCAGCGAGCAGGUGUGGAUCCGCAGGCACUGCUGCCGCUGGCGGUGCUGUCUGGCAGUACGGCAGUCGUGGACUGCUUGGCUGGGUUCGCGGAGGGGGUCAUGGGGCAGCCCCUUCGGCUGGAUCUGCCGCAGGGCCCCGCGGGUAUGAGUCUGCUUCACCUGGCGGCCGUGUUGGACGACGGAGGCGCCCUGGCUGCUCACCUGGUGUCCUCGCAGCCCUGGGCCGCGUGGUCCUGGGUGUGCCUGGGCUGGAGCCCGCAGCAACAACCGGAGCAACCGCAGCAGCGCCCGCAACCAGAGGGACAAGAAGGAGGAGGUGCCGAAACCGCCACCGCGGCCGCUGCAGCGGGUCUUACGGCUGAUGGCGACAGCAGCAGCAGUGCUGGCGACGGGGGUGGUGCGGGGGGUCGUUACACGGGUGCCAACAUGCGUCUAACGCCGGGUGCCUUGUCGCUGCUGGCGGGUCAGGGGGAAGCGCCGCUGCGUGCGGCUCUGGGCGCGUUGGUGCUCGGGGAGGGGGACUUGGUGGCGGUGGUGGAGGAGCGGCAGCAGCAGGACGGAGACGAGGAGGAGCAGGAGGAGCAGCUGCUGCAACCGCAGCAGCAGCAGCAGGAGGGGGAGGGGGAGGAGGGUGAGGAGGAAGAGGCGGAGGGCCUGCAUGGCGUGAGGCAGGCGGCGGAGGUGGCUGCUGUGGACAACAACAGAAGUGCAGCUGCUGCUGAGGCUGUUGCGGCUGCUGCUUCGGUCGUGGCGGCGGCGGCGACAGAGGGCGGCGCUGCUGUGGCGGCGGCGGCUCCCAGUCUGGCGGGAGUGGUGGAGGCGUGGGGGCGACUCAGCGGGGCACUGCUCCAGGCGUUGUGUGAGCAGCUGGAGGCGCAGAGGCUGUAGAAGUGGGGGUGCGCGAAGGCUGUGAGAGUGGGACCAUGGUUAUCAGUACGAUGUUGUUUGGGAUAUUAAUGGUAUCCCUGGUACCGGUACCGGGGUAGCAACUGUCCGCUGCCAUGCAUGGCGUUUAGGACAGCUGGGUGGUAGUCUGGAAGGAGCGGCUCUGACUUGAAUUGGAUGUAUGCAGAGUACAGCGAGCGGCAGGAAGUGUGACUCUGUGGCUGCAUGGUGAGGGGGUAGAAAUAAAAAAAACACUGACAAACUGGAUGACGAGGCUCCUCCAUGGGUUGCUAACUGGCCCAUCCCACCCCACCCGUAUUAGUCAAGCCAAAAGGGGGGGCUGGGUUGAUGACCUGGGCUGGGUCGGGAUUGGAUGGGAACUAUGGCAACUUUAGGCAGGAGGGUGCGCGUGCGGCGUGCGGCGUGCUGGGGACAGAUCAUGAAACUGAGCCGCGCGGCGACACGGGUUGUGAUUGUGAUUGAUGAUUUCCACUGAAGGGUUGGGAUACCGGUGUUAAUUAGGGCGUUCCAUGAUUGGGAACGGAGGGCGUCCUUGGGGCUUGAAGAGGUGGUUAACUUUACGGCAAGAGGUGGUUAGUCACCCUGCCUCGCCGUACACGUGCGUACGGCGCCCACGUCGUUUACGGUACCGUUAUAUAACCCGACAGGCAUGCAACCCUCACGGCCCCCUGUCAUUGAACACCCCUGCGUGCCCAGGUACGGUACGUGGU